CGCCCGAUUCCGGAAGGGGCUGAGUAGUUGUGGCGGCCGUUUCCGUCCUGUUGGUUAGUGUUUCUUCCUUGGUGGAGUGACUGGGUAGACCGCGGCGUCAUGGUCGAGGAGGUACAGAAACAUUCUGUGCACACACUUGUGUUCAGGUCAUUGAAGAGAACCCAUGACAUGUUUGUGGCUGAUAAUGGAAAACCUGUGCCUUUGGAUGAAGAGAGUCACAAACGAAAAAUGGCAAUCAAACUGCGUAAUGAGUAUGGUCCUGUGUUGCAUAUGCCUACUUCAAAAGAAAAUCUUAAAGAGAAAGGCCCUCAGAAUGCAUCAGAUUCAUAUGGACACAAACAAUAUCCUGCCAAUCAAGGACAAGAAGUUGAAUAUUUGGUGACAGGUACACAUCCGUAUCCACCAGGACCUGGGGUUGCUUUGACAGCGGACACUAAGAUCCAAAGAAUGCCAAGUGAAUCAGCUGCACAGUCCUUAGCUGUGGCAUUACCUACUUCUCAAGCCAGGGUCGAUGCAAACCGUAGUGCACCUGCUGGAGGUGAAUACCGACACCCUGGGGCUUCUGACCGGUCACAGCCUGCAGGGGCGGUUGUUAUGGACGGUGGCAAUGCCAAGAACUCCGCACUGAUGGCUAAAAAAGCCCCUACAAUGCCGAAACCUCAGUGGCACCCACCGUGGAAACUCUACAGAGUGAUCAGUGGGCAUCUUGGCUGGGUUCGAUGUAUUGCUGUGGAACCUGGAAACCAGUGGUUUGUUACUGGAUCUGCUGACAGAACUAUAAAGAUCUGGGACUUGGCUAGUGGCAAGUUAAAACUGUCAUUAACUGGGCACAUCAGUACAGUGCGUGGUGUGAUAGUGAGCACGAGAAGCCCGUACUUGUUCUCCUGUGGAGAAGACAAACAAGUCAAAUGCUGGGAUCUUGAGUAUAAUAAGGUUAUAAGGCACUAUCAUGGACAUCUGAGUGCAGUGUAUGGUUUAGAUCUGCACCCAACAAUCGACGUGCUGGUGACGUGUAGCCGAGACUCAACUGCACGGAUUUGGGAUGUGAGAACUAAAGCCAGUGUACACACGUUAUCUGGACAUACUAAUGCGGUGGCUACAGUGAGGUGCCAAGCUGCAGAACCACAAAUUAUUACUGGAAGCCAUGACACUACAAUACGAUUAUGGGAUUUGGUGGCUGGAAAAACAAGAGUCACAUUAACAAAUCACAAAAAAUCAGUCAGGGCUGUGGUUUUACAUCCAAGACAUUACACAUUUGCCUCUGGUUCUCCAGAUAACAUAAAACAGUGGAAAUUCCCCGAUGGAAGUUUCAUUCAAAAUCUUUCUGGUCACAAUGCUAUUAUUAAUACACUGACAGUAAAUUCUGAUGGAGUGCUUGUAUCUGGAGCUGACAAUGGCACUAUGCAUCUUUGGGACUGGAGAACUGGCUACAAUUUCCAGAGAGUUCAUGCAGCAGUGCAGCCUGGGUCUUUGGACAGUGAGUCAGGAAUAUUUGCUUGUGCUUUUGAUCAGUCUGAAAGUCGGUUAUUAACAGCUGAAGCUGAUAAAACCAUUAAAGUGUACAGAGAGGAUGAUACAGCGACAGAAGAAACUCAUCCAGUCAGCUGGAAGCCAGAAAUUAUCAAGAGAAAGAGAUUUUAAUGUGGCAUUGUCUUCAUGGCGGUUCCAGUUUUUUGUUUCUUUUUUAGCUUGGUGUUGAUGAGACUAUCCAGUCAUUUGUGCUCUGGCUAGGAAUAUAAAGCAAAAACUCACAUGCUUGAAUCAUUGCUUUUUCAUAUUUUACAAUGAAGAGGACCCUCUCCCCAUGUUUUUAUUUCUAAAAUAAACAGUUUGAGAUCCUAGGAGGUAAGAUGCAGAUAUCAAGCAUAUGUGGGUUUGUUGAACAUAACUAUCCUAAAGAUAGAAUGAUUUAUCACUUUUAUUAAAACACACUUUUUUUUGUUUUUAACUUACAGAACUGCUUACUGUAGUAGGACAUGUUUUGAGCGGAGCAGUCUUUCUUUUUAAUCCUUUAAAAACUGGUAUCUGUGACUGAUAAUUUGGGAUUAAAGGAUUUGAAGCGUUAACUUUUGUAUGUUUAUUCCACAAACAGUUUUUGAGUGCAUGUUCUGUAAAGUUCUGCACUAGAUACUGUUGAGGAAGUAGACAGGUGAGAUGUGUCUGUCUUUUAAGACAGGGGUCCCCAACCCCUGGGCCACGAACCGGUACCGGACCAUGGCCUGUUAGGGACCAGGCCGCACAGCAGGAGGUGAGCGGCGGGCAAGUGAGUGAAGCUUCAUGUGUAUUUACAGCCACUCCCUGUCACUAGCGUUACCGCCUGAGCUCCACCUCCUGUCAGAUCAGCAGCGGCAUUAGAUUCUCAUAGGAGCGCGAACUCUACCGUGAACUGCACAUACAAGGGAUCUAGGUCGCACGCUAUGAGAAUCUAAUGCCUGAUGAUCUGAGGUGGAACUGAGGCGGUGAUGCUAGAGCUGGGGAGCGGCUGCAAAUACAGAUUAUCAUUAGCAGAGAGGUUUGACUGCACAGAGACCAUAAUAAAUCAACUGCUUGCAGACUCAUAUCAAGACCCUAUCAGUGAGUGGCAAGUGAAAACAGGCUCAGGGUUCCCACUGAUUCUGCAUUAUGGUGACUUGUAUAAUUAUUAUAUAUUACAAUGUAGUAAUAAUAGAAAUAAAGUACACAAUAAAUGUAAUGCACUUGAAUCAUCCCAAAACUAUCCCUCCGACCCCAUCCCCAGUCCGUGGAAAAAUUGUCUUCCUUGAAACUGGUCCCUGGUGCCAAAAAGGUUGGGGACUGCUGCUUUAAGACUUCCACUUUAGUAGCUUAUUACAGAAAUGCUGUCAUAGAGGUACCAGCGAAAAGCCAGGAUAACAUAGAGGAAAAGCCCAUUUAUUUUCCCUGAGGAGGAUUAUGGAAGACUUCUUAAGAGUCAGCGGUGUUUGAGCUGAGCCUUGAAAGAGGUCAGAGAAGAAAAAGGGUACUCUAAGAUGAGGUGUGAAGUGACAGACCAGACAUGUGAGAGGUGUGUGUCCCAGGAGUACAGAGUUGUCUGCUGUAGUUGAAUGAGAACAGCUGGUGGUGGCAGGGAAAGCUUGUGUUUUGAGUUUCAAUUGUAUUCCACAAGCAGUAGGUUACCAAUAUAGGUAUCAAACCCUGGAGAAAUAACUGGAGAUACCAAUGGACGUAUUUGAAGCUAUAGCAAGGGCUGCAGUCUCUUGUGAAGACUUCAUAGAAAAGUGUUAUUUAAGUUUCUGAUGCCUGUGCCUCUUUCUGGCAUAUACCGAGUUUUACAAACCCUGUCCUUAGGAUCCUGAUUCCCUAUCAGGCAAGAAAAUUUGUCACACUUCACUUUCUAUAGUUAGAAAACAAAAUUACAGGAACAAUCAGUUUAAAAUUUGUUUCAAAUUAAGAAAUAAUACCAUAAUUUUGAAUAAGCAUUUCCAAAUAUACAUAUCUCAUCUUGCAUGCUGAAGGUGGGAGUGUAGUUGUUACAAUCUUUAGGAGGGUAGUUUUCCAGAAUAUACUGAAGACGCUUGGAAUCUUUGGCUAACUCCUCAUUAGAAAUGAAAUCACUAGGAAACUGCCUAAUGGGAAUAAUCUGACAACUGUACACAGCAAAUUUAUUUCACCUUUGUCUUUAAUUAAAAC